UAAAAUGUAUGCACUCUACUGUAUGCUCUGGAUAAGAGCGUCUGCUAAAUGACUAAAAUGUAAAUGUUGUACUAGUGGUCUGUUAAGCUCUGAGGGUCAUAGCGAUGACAAAUAUACUCUGUGGCAUGAAUACAAUGUCCAUCACAUGACAGUUCCUCACGUAACAACUAGGUGAUAUGAAGCAAAAGGCUGAUUUGGAAUGAAGAAGAAGAAGACAUGCCUCUCUAACCUCUAGUUUACCUACCGCCCUCUGUUUUAAUCUAUUUAUCUAUUUUACUAUGUAAACUGGCUACAGCCAAGAGACAACCAAUGGAAUUGAGUUGAUUAGCGUGUUGGAUGCUGGUUGGUGGACACAUUUUGAGAUAUGGGGGCCAGAAUAUGUUUAAAAACACCGAUGUUUCCUCUGGAAAGUGCAGCGGUCAUGAGGACCAUGAAGAUCCUGAGUGGUGCUCUGAUACUCUCCCUGAUGUUGGCAGAGACCACAUUGGGCGACAUUCAGAAGAGAGUCGUCGGGGGAAACACGUGCAGUCCCACUGAAAGGCGAUACCAUGUCCGUUUGACAGCUAGAAAUCCAUCAGCCAAAUUGGAAAAGGUCUGCGGCAGUUCUCUGAUCAGCAACAAGUGGCUUCUAACCGCCGCUCGCUGUUGGCCUGAUGGACAAGAAUGGAAGAUGUAUGCAGAAGUAGGUGGACAUCCAGGCCCUGUGAAACCUCAAGUAGAAAUCAAACAGAAGACGAUACAUAGAGAUAAGAAAGGAAAAACCCAUGACAUCAUGCUACUGCAGUUACCAACUCCUGUUCCGGGAGCUGUUCCGGGUCCUGGGGUUGAUCCAAUCCCUCUUGGUGAUUGUACAAUUUUUUUUUCUAAACUUAGGGGGAAGACAUCUAAACCAAAAGAGUUCCAAACAGUUCAGAUUGCAGGCUAUGCUGCCACUCCACCUGCUGCACCUGAAGCUGGGGAACCUGAUGCUGGGGAACCUGCUGCUGAAGCCCCUGAUGCUGCCAACACCAAAGUCCUACAUUGUGCAGAGCUGGAUGUUAUGAAAUGUGACGCCUCCGUGGCAAAGUCCCAUCAAGACAUCUUCUGUGCACAACGUGCCGGAGUGGAAACCUGUAGCGGUGACUCUGGGGCAGGUGUGGUGUAUAAGAACCAGCUCUAUGGCGUCUUCAUAACUGAGGACACUGGUGAAGAAUGUUCUGCAGCGGCACUCAUCAUGGAUGUCUGCGAGUACAAAGAUUGGAUAAAGAAGAUAAUUGGCAAGUAAAGAAGAACACGGACAGUUUUGAUUUGAUUAACAGCAAAAGCUGAUUAUUGUAUCCUAAUAAACCAUAAAAUAGUCCCCAGAUUAACUCAAUGUCAUUGGUCAUUAUUGUUAUGACUGUAGUGUGUUAAUCCAGGAUGUUGAUAGUGUAUAUCACACUGUAACUGUCUCCAUUCUUGUUAUAACUGUAGUGUGUUAAUCCAGGAUGUUGAUAGUUUAUAUCCCACUGUAACUGUCUCCAUUCU